AUGAACGAAAGAACCAUUCCAGAGCAAGACUCUCUUACCUUAGAUAUGCCAAAGCCACCAACUCCGAUUACUGACCGUGAUAAUAUGAUUACAGACAGAAAAACAAAAUACAUUCCUGAUAUUGGGUAUCCUAAAUAUAAAAGGCCUGAAAUUUUUGAUGAAAAUGCAACUGAAAUUUAUCCAACUUCAUGAGGUCGGAUAAGUCAAACAGCACAUUGUAAAUUUUGCCAUCAAAAAAUCGAAAGUUUGGUGGUUAACAAAAUAGGAAUAGGCGGACUUAUAGCGAUUUGCUGUUUUUCAGCUUCUGGAGCUUGCUGCUGGAUACCUUGCUUAGUUCCAUAUUUUAAAGACACAAUACACUAUUGUCCUCGAUGUAAUAUUAGGAUUGGAUGUAGGAGUUUUAUAUAA